GCUCCGUUAGAGCUUACGAACGGCCGACGGUGGCUCAUUACAGCGCAACUGGAAUAGAGUCGUCAGUACGAUAAGGUGGUUUUCAGUGAUAAAUUGUGCCGGUUGGCGGUUUGAUAACGACCAGAUUCACCCCACCUUACCGGUAUCUUAAACAGCCGGGGGUUGCAGUGACAGUUGACGUUACACAUCGGCCCAUAGUAGGCGGUGGUUUACCGGUGCAAUUGCACGCCUAUAUAUUGCGGAUCGUAGACGAAUUGAUAGAAUUUAGUAUACGGCAGCACCCCCUUGCACGCGUAUUCCAAAAAAUAGUUUAGUUUUCUGCUGGCAGAAGUUCUUAAGAGAAAGAAAAUAAACUCUACCCUUUUUUUCAUCUACUGGAAAUUAACUAAUAUUAUUGGAAAACUAGAGAUUAGUGAUAAAAUAAUAAUGUAAAGUGAAGAUUAGUGAGAACAGUUAGCGCUAUGAACGUGACAACAGGUGAUAAUCUAAAGGAAUAUGUGAUUUAGAUCAUGUUAUGUCAUUGAUUUUCAAGUGACAUAUAAAGAAAAUGUAAAUGUUUAAAUAGACCCUUUCCGGAAAUACACCGAUAAUCCCGCUCUAAGAAUGGAUACAUCAAACCACAACGAAUCCGAAGAGGUUGCCAUUAUAGAUUGCUCUACUAACAACGAUAGAACAAAUGGAAUUACAAACGCUGCGUUCGAUAGCGGCGGCGAGGUGGGUCGCGUCUUACAACCAUCUUUGGAUUAUGAGAUAGCCACUACUUGCCAGAAAGUAGGCGGAAGUACAACCGUUUUAGACGAAACUCUCCAAGACACUAGCACUGGCACAAACUACAAUGGAAGCAUUGUCGAAAACGUCCCCGAUGAUGACAGUGAUAUUAUUUCCGACUAUAUCGGACACUACGGUCGAUGGCAGUUCCUAUGGACUUUUCUUUUAUGUUUGUUCCAGAUUCCAACUACAUUUCAUUUUUUCUGUUUGGUCUUCCAGGCCGCCAAUCGCGAACACUGGUGUGCGCGUCCCGCUCAUCUGCGCACAUUACCGCUGGAGUUGUGGCGUAAUCUGACGCAGCCAGAUGGGGGUCGAUGUUCGCUCGUCAACGCACCCUAUCGUCAGCUGAAUGUGCUGAACUUCACCGACUACUUCCUAACGGUAAAUGUGUCCUCGUUGGAACGGAUCAGCUGCAGCGGUUACGAGUUCGAUUCGAACGUUUUUGGUUCUACCAUUAUCAGCGAGUUCGGUUUGGUCUGCGACAAGGAUCACCUCAACAGCAUUGUAGAAAUGUGCUAUCUGGUUGGAGCUGCGCUGGGCAGCGUGGGAAGUGGAUGGAUAUCUGAUCAAUUUGGUCGACGACAUACGUUCAUGGCAUUCGCAAUUAUACAAACCAGCGCAGGCUUCUUUAUCGGUCUUGUUAGCUCGCUGGAAAUGUUCAUGAUCGCACGGGUGGUUAUCGGAAUUACCUCAAUGUCCGUGACCGUGGUGGGUUUUGUGCUGGUCGUGGAGCUCGUUAGCGGCAAGCCCCGAACAAUAAUCGGCAUCCUUAAUAUCCUGCCUGUGGCAAUUUCCUAUACACUUACCGCCGGGAUCGCAUUCUAUACACGUGAAUGGAGACUCAUGCAGUUUAUUAUCACCACUCCUGGAGCUGUGCUACUUCCGAUAUGGUACUGGCUGCCGGAGUCACCCAGGUGGCUUUUGGCGAAGGGACGUAUCGAAGAAUUAAAACGACUAAUCGAUACUGCAGCGAAAAUGAACGGUCGCAAACUUCCAUUGAACUACGAGCGGACAUUAAACAUUCCUAACUCCGAAUGCAGCAAAGAAGUGGUGUCCAUUCUGGAUAUAUUCCACAAAAGGUUCAUUCAUACAACUCUAACAAUGCUAGUCAUAUGGUUUGCCAUCAUAGUGCUGUACUGUGGUAUAACGCUCCAUGUUGGUCAACUCGGGGGAGAUAUUUAUCUGAAUACGGUCCUUGCCGGUGCCGUCGAAUCUAUUACCAUAUGCCUUAGCAUCUUCGCCGUAUUGAAGCUCGGAUUAUGGGUUAAUUUAUUCCUCUACAUGACCGUUGCCGGUCUGUCGUGCAUUGUGAUGAAUCUCGUUCCAGACGGCAAUCUUUGGGUUAUUAUCAUGUUGGCUAUGACGGCUAAAUGUGCUACAGGUACCUGCAACGCAAUCAUCUCUACUUUUACGGCACGCUAUUAUCCAACUACGAUGAGAAACCUUGGCGUUGGCGCGGGAAAUUUCGCCGCCGGAAUAGCGCUGAUUGUAGUGCCCUACGUGUGGUUACUCGAACGGACGUAUAAAUAUCUGCCACUAACUGUCAUGGGGAUGUGUAGCCUGCUAGGAGCUGUGUCACUUCUAAUACUCAAAGAUAAGCGACCAGUGCGUCAAAAAAGUGAACAUAAAACGUCGUCCAGCGUUAUCAAAGCGCCUGGUGAUCAUAUUGGAUAGUAUACAGAAGCGCCAUAUGAUUAAAGUAAAAGAUAGUUUCCUUUUAAAUCGGA